UUUGUUUGUUUGUUUGUUUUUAGCUUAAAUGUGCUCAGGUGCUGGCAUACAUGCAUACAUACUAAUACAUAUUUUCAUGUUUCAUCUCCAUUUUUCUUGUUUUUGACUAAAUCAGCUCUGGGUGCACCUGUCUCUGGUUUUAUGGAUCUAGUGAAAUAUGUCCAAAAGAGCUUGAACAUCGUUUAUUUAUUUUAAAAGAAAGAAGAUAUCUGAAAAGUUCCAUAUUUUGAGAUAUUUCUACCUGAUAUUUCCUUGUUUACUUUCACUUCCCAACAAAAGGCUGCUUUGUGAGUUUGAGCCUCUGAAUGUGAACAUUCUGUUUCCCUGUGCAAGGUGCACGUGCACACAUGAGGAAUGCAUUUGACUAUUUGUAUAGAGACAAAGAAGACAUGUCUGUCUUUAUUGCUGUUUAACAAGAGCAGCACAGUGACUUCAUCUGAGAUUACAGACACUUUAUAUGAUAUGCAGCACACAUCUAAUCAUAUCUGUAGUUCAUAACCUUAUAUUUUAUUACCUAGGCUGAAGAAAAGAGCUUUUAUAGAAAGUGAAACUGUUACCUGAGCCCUGUUUGUUUCUUCUCUUUUGUGGGUCAGUUGCAGCUCUUAGCCCAGAGCAUGUGGAUAGAUGGAGUCCAUCAUAGGGAUGGGCAAUAACCGGGACAAAGCCCAAACAAACACAAAAGCGUCCUCAGGAGAACUGACAACAAAGAACCUGUUACAGAUUAGUUUUCUAAGUUAUGACUCAAAAUAUUUUAACAUAAAACACGUGAUUUUUAAUCAUUAGAAGAUAAAAGGAAGAAAAACACUUGUUGUAUAUACGGUACUUGGAAAUACUUUUCAAAGGUUAAAAACUUAUUUAAAAAAAAUCACUUUUUCUAUUAGUUUUUCAUUUAACGUAUACUGCAUGAUGGCACAGUUUGUAGCUGUUGCCUCAAAGAAAGAGGGUUGCAGAAAUAACCUGCGUCCUGGCAGCGGUGAGUUAGCAUGUUCUCCUUGUGUGUGUGUGUGUGUGUGUGUGUGUGUGUGUGUGUCCUAACAUUUCUCUCGGUGUGGGUUCCCAUGGGUGGGAGCACACCCACCUAAGGAGGUCCAAAAUCCAAGUGGGGCCCAAAAUGGUGGACCCCACUCCGAUUUCAAUUAAAAUGAGCUCAGCAGCCUCCCCUGAUGCUACCAUUGCUUUUUUUUUCAUGUCAAAAAAUUGUCCCCUAAGGUAGCAAAAAGUGGGCAAGUGUGUAAAGGUGUGUAUCCUGCAGCCGACCGUAACCGGAAGUCAGGAUAUACACUUCCCGCAAAAUCUUAUACACACCGCGGGAGUCUGAAACCUUUGGCCAAUGACAUUGCUGCACUGAGGAAAACUACCGGAAGUUCACAACAAGAAGAAAACAACACGGAUUGAAGACAAAAAGACGACGGAGUGAUUGGAUUAUUUUGAAUAUUUUUACAUUUACCGACCUCUGCAUGCAGCAGAGCCAUUAUUUCCACAAGAAAGAGGAGGAAAAAGCCUAUAGAUGAUGCAAAGACACACAUCCUGUCCUGUACUGACAAGGUUGGGUUUAUGUCGAGAUACAUUGACGGUUACAAAGGAAGAGGAGUGUUUGCCACACCCCCCAAUGAACCAGGGGACUUCGUCUUGGAGUACAGGGGUAAACUCCUCACAAAGGAAGAAUGCGAGUCAAGACGAUACUCAGAGACUGAAAGCAAAUUUCUCUUUGGCUUUAAGUGGCAGAACCAUUGCUUAUGCCUGGAUGCAUCUGAAGAAGAUGGCUCUCUCGGAAGAUUGGUCAAUGACAACCACAAAAAUCCUAAUUGCGUUAUGAAAAAAAUCAUAGUUGACAACAAACCACAUUUGUGCCUUUUUUCUCUGAAGAAAAUAGAAAUAGGAGCUGAAAUUUAUUACAACUAUGGUGAUUCAAAAUGGCCUUGGCGCAGUAAGGUGGGAAAAAACAAGGCUCCUGCAGCAGCAAAAGAGAACCUAUUGGGUGGGGAAGGCCAGAUGAAAGGCCUUCAGACUCCUGCUGCAGCAGAAGAGAAUGAGGCCAGCCCUGUUCCUCAGAUGCUUAAUGAUGGACCAAUCCCAGAUGAGACCUACACACAGAUGAAAGGCCUUCAGACUCCUGCUGCAGCAGAAGAGAAUGAGGCCAGCCCUGUUCCUCAGAUGCUUAAUGAUGGACCAAUCCCAGAUGAGACCUACACACAGAUGAAAGGCCUUCAGACUCCUGCUGCAGCAGAAGAGAAUGAGGCCAGCCCUGUUCCUCAGAUGCUUAAUGAUGGACCAAUCCCAGAUGAGACCUACACACAGAUGAAAGGCCUUCAGACUCCUGCUGCAGCAGAAGAGAAUGAGGCCAGCCCUGUUCCUCAGAUGCUUAAUGAUGGACCAAUCCCAGAUGAGACCUACACACAGAUGAAAGGCCUUCAGACUCCUGCUGCAGCAGAAGAGAAUGAGGCCAGCCCUGUUCCUCAGAUGCUUAAUGAUGGACCAAUCCCAGAUGAGACCUACACACAGACCAUUCACAUGGAGGGACCUUUAGCAGAGGACAUUGAAGAUGUCUGUGUGCUAGGUGACAAGGGGUCAGACGAUGAGGUCAGCAUGUCAUCCAGGCAAGAAUGUACCUCCAUAUCAGAAAGUCAAAACCAAAGAGUGUCUGCAACAGAUGUCAGUAUGCCAGAAGAGGGGUCAGAACAUGAGGUCAGCAUGUCAUCCCUGCAAGAAUGUACCUCCACGCCACAAGUCCAAAACCAGACUGUCUCUGCAAAAAAGAGAGAAAAACAAACAGCUGUCAAGAGAAGCUGGACCCCAGAAGAGUGUGCUGCAGUGGACAAACAUUUGAGGAGAUUUAUCGUGAGGAGUCAAGUUCCUGGUAAAGAAGAGUGUCAGCGCUGUAUUACUGCUGCACCUGAAGCUCUCAGAAACAGAGACUGGAAAGCUGGUAAAUAUUAUGUUAAAAAUCGCAUUACAGCCCUGAGAAGAAAAGUAGUAUGAAAGCACCUAAUUGAACGGAGGUAAAAGCAAAACAUUGGAUGUCAAAAUGUUUUGUCCUUUGUUGUGUUUGUUGUUACUUUUUGUUGUUUUUGUAAGGGUUUGCUCAGGUUUUAUGGCUGUUCCGUUGUGUACAAAUAAAAACAUUUCACAGGUUUUUUUGUAUAUUUUUUACACCUGUAAUAACAAGGCAUUUUGAAUGCAGUCCAAUGAAACGCAUAAUUUCAAUGCCAAUGUAACAAAAAAUGUUGGGUUUGCAUAGAACUUCAAACUGAUAUUGUUAAAACAUUCAGUGGAGAUUAGAUUAAUGAUUUAAUAAUUAAAAAAAUCACAAGCAUAUGGCAUAAAAUGUAAUUAAAUUGGUCAUUUCAAUUUUGUUAUUAAACUGUCUUUGAAGCUGAA